AUGACGACGACCAUCAUGACGGUCCGCGGGCCCAUUGACGCCAGCCAAGUCCUGCCCGGCGGGAUCCUCGCCUGUCAGCGGGUGCUGCAGAAGCUGCCAGCACACGACGCCGACGUGGCGAUUGCGCCCGAAGAUCUCAUGCGCCUGCGCGAGCACCCGCUCGAGUCGCAGAACGCGUGCUUGGUCAGCGAGGACAAGGCCUUUCGCGAGCUUGAAGCGCUGCGCAGCGUUGGCUGCAACACGAUCGUCGAUCUGCAACCGAAGGCACUGCGUGAUCCGCGCCGCUUGCAGUCGCUCGCGCAGCGCCUCGACAUGCAUGUUUUGGCGUCGACCUCGAUCGAUGCCACGCAAGACGCCUCCGUCGACGCUGCCGCCAAGGCGCUAACGCUCGAGCUCCAGUUUGGCAUGGACGACACGUCCAUCCAAGCCAGUGUCAUCUACCACGUUGUCGACAUUCGAAACGUGCAUUCCGGGCACUGGGCAGCCGUCGCACAGGCGCAGCUAGCCACAUCCGCGCCCGUGUACCUUGAGCUCAACCCGUUCCCGACAUGCGGCUACGAAGCGGACGUGCUCGCACUGCUCAUAUCGUUCACGGGUCGUCGCGACAAGCUCGUGCUCUGUCACUGCGACCUAUUGCCACUGUCGAUGCUCACGCAGUUCGCGGCGCUGCAGAUCGUUUUGAGCUUUGACCUCUCGGGGCUCGAGGCCGUGACCGAGGUGCUGCCCUUUGCAACGCUGCCACCGGCCGCCUACGUGCCCCGCGACCGCGAGAUUGCGGCCACCCUUCACGUGCUGCUCGCUGCUGUACCAACGGCCAAAGUUCUGAUCAAUAGCACCGUUCAUUUCAAGACGCAGUACACCCGGUACGGCGGCGGCGGGUACACUCACAUCUUUGCCAGCUUUGCCGCCCGGGCGCUGACCACCGCUGAUGUGCGCGCCCGCGUCCUGCUGCACGAACCGUUGGCGCUGCUCGCCGGCUACGUCCCACCGCCUAGUGCGGAGAUUCCGAAGAACUACAUUGACUGCUCGAUCUGCAAGACAGCGUUCGAGCCGAUCGUGGGCGAGUACUUUACCAAGUUUGCGUUCGUCUACUGCUCCACCAAGUGCCUUCGAAAGCACCGCAUCGCCAACUUUGCCCCGCUCGAGGAGCCAAGUCGGUAG